AUGGUACCGGGUUUAAAGGUCUUGAGCCUCGAGCAAAACACGUCCAGCUGCGAGCCGCCAGAAUCGCGACUGACAUUGAGUCAGUCGCCCUCUACGUUCACAGCGGUGCAAAUAGCAUAUUGCAGGAUGAAAGUCGCCCUUGAGCCAGACGAUGAUGAGUUGCUCCCCAAGAAAUCCAAGCCCCCAAUUGACAUUGCAGACUGCGGCUCUUGUCAGGAGGGAACUGUGACCAGCUUCAUCCAGAGCUACCUCCCCUCAGCGACCCUCUGUGAGAACCUGGGCACCGAGCUGUCCUACAUGCUCCCCUCGGCAGCCACCCAGGAAGGCUCCCUGGAGUUCCUCUUCAAGGAACUGGAGACGUUUAAAGAUCAGCUCUACAUCACCAACUUUGGCAUCUCGGACACCUCCUUGGAAGAGGUAUUCCUGUCAGUCACCGAUGACGUAGGAGUCUUUAACCAAGGCGAAACCAGCCAGGGAACGGACAACGGAGCCCUGCCUCGCCCAUUCAUGGGGCGGGGCAGCCUGAAGAGGCGGAGCUACCAACUCCCAGCCCAGAGCUCCAGCAUCAAGGAACGACGCAGGCGCAGUAUGAAAGUGCGGCACAAGAGCAUGUCGUCUGCUAACGGACAGGCACUUGUGAGCGACGAUGAAGUGGACAUGGAGCAUCAAGCAGCUCAGGAACCUGCAGCCGACGCACAGAGCCUCCACAGCAUCAACCUGGAGGAAGCCGAGAAUCCUGAGGAUACCGACAGCCCUAGCGAGGAGGCAAGCCAAGGAGGUAACCGUCGGCAGAGGAGCUACAAGUCCGGCAGCCAGAAGCUGAAUCGGCAGUCCAGCCGGCAAACCAGCCGGCCCAAGAUGCAUCGGCAGAUCAGCAGGCAUAUGAGCCGUAAGCUGAAUCGCCAGGCCAGCCGCCAGGCUAUGGAGACACAAAAGAAAGACGUAUCGGUGGCUAACGUGCGCAUGCCAGAUGCCGAAAGCAAUGAGCCGUGUGCCAGGAACCUGACCGGUCGCGAGGUUCACGGCAUCAGCCUCAUCUGCAGACAGUUCUGGGCGCUCAUGGUCAAGAGAUUCCAUCACUUCAGACGCAGCAAGAAAGGCUUCUUUGCCCAGGUUAUCCUCCCCGUAGUCUUUGUCUGUCUUGCCAUGGUCUUCACCGUCGUGCUACCAGUGCCGACGGAGGGAGAGAAACUUCCCCUGGUCCCCUGGCUGACCGGUACCCCAAACUACAUCUUCUACAGUAACGACGACCCCGACAGUGCUCUAGCGGCAGGAAUGGAGGCAACCAUAGCUGAGGACCAGCCCGGCAUAGGCACCAGGUGUAUGGCGGACAACCCGUUUGUGAACAGGGAUUUCCUUUGUAAACCGGGCAAAUCAACCGAUUGGUACGUCACGUCCCACAUGGACCCAGCGCUCUAUGACCAAUUUUUGAAGGGGGAGCUGGAAUGUGACUGCAGCGGCAGUGGCUUUGAGACCUGUGACAAGGGGGCCGAGGGUCCAGCCCCUCCAGAGAGGGUUGUCCCGACCACAGACUUCUUACAGAAUCAUACCAAUAUGAACAUCAGUUGGUACCUGAAGACAACCACACUAGAAUACGUCUGGAAAAGGUUUGGUGGUGUGAGUUUCCUAGAGACGGACGAAAUGGCUCCGCUGACCUUGAACAUCAGCGAAGAAAUCUUGACUGACUGGAGCAACAACUGGGAUAACCCCUUUGGUGGCGCUGGAGGAGUGACGGCCAUGGAAGCCAGGGAGGACAUUCCGCCAGAUGCUGGGGAUUUGCUGCCAUCAGAUGGCACACUAAGGGAGUUCUAUGCUGUGCUGCUGUCACUAGCACGCUUCAAGAACGUUAAGGUCUGGUGGGACAACACAGGUUUCCAUGCUCUGCCAGCCUACAUCAACGUGGCUAGUAACAUGCAAUUCAGAGGUAACAUUGAGGAAUCGCAGCGAGACCAGUACGGCAUCACAGCUUACAACCAUCCCAUCAAUAUGACUGGUGACCAGAUCACGGAGCGAGUUAUGAAGCAAACACCGAUCAUCAUGGGCACAGCCAUAUUUGUGGUCUUCGCAUUGGCCUUUGUGCCAGCCAGCUUCGUAGUCUUUCUGAUCACCGAGCGCGAAUCCAAGUCCAAGCAUCUGCAAAUAGUCAGCGGUAUCAGUCCUACCACCUACUGGGUGUCAACACUCAUCUGGGACUUGGCCAAUUAUCUGAUACCAGCUGUGCUGACCGUUGUGAUAUUCAUCGCAUUUCAGCAGCAAGCCUUUAUAAGUAGCGAUAAUAUAACCACUACUAUCCUACUCCUGCUCAUGUAUGGCUGGGCAGUGACCCCGAUGACCUAUCCUGCCUCCUUCGUCUUCUCCACGCCCAGCACUGCCUAUCUGACAGUAGCCUGUGGUAUCAUGCUGAUAGGGAUCCUGACGAUCAUGACCACAUUUAUCUUGGAGUUCUUGGGCGGCGGUGACGAGAGUGUGACAGCUGUCAAUGACGCCAUGAUGAAACUGUUCCUGAUUUUUCCGCCGUUUUGCCUCGGCAGAGGAUUGGUGGACAUGGCCCUCAACUCACUCACCAACGAACUGUAUGCUGAAAUCGGACUUACACCUGAGCCAUACAAUCCAUUAGAAUGGGACAACGUCGGCCAGAACAUCUUCUCCUUGGGCAUCAUCGGAAUCGGCUUCUUUGCUCUGACACUGCUGAUUGAAAACGAGUUCUUCUUCAAGCCAAGACACAUUGAAUCCGAGAAUAUUCCACUAGCCCUUGAAGAUGACGACGUAGUGCGUGAGAGACAGCGUGUGCUGUCUGGAGGCGCCGACGAUGACAUCGUCCGAGUGGAGAAUCUUACCAAGGAUUACAACACAAGCAAUGGAGUCUUCACUGCUGUCAAUAGGAUAUGUGUUGGCAUUCCAUACGGAGAGUGUUUUGGACUUCUUGGAGUGAACGGCGCAGGGAAGACCACCACCUUCAAGAUGUUAACGGGAGACACACAAGUCACGUCGGGCUCGGCCUACGUCAAGGGCUACAGCAUCCUGAAGGACAUGAGGAAAGUGCGACACAACAUCGGCUACUGCCCGCAGUUUGACGCCCUGAAUGAGCUGCUGACGGCCGAGGAGCAUCUGGCCUUCUACGCCAGACUCAGAGGGAUUCCCGAAGCUGAUAUUAACAAGGUUGUACAGUGGGGCAUCAAGAAGUUGGGCCUGUCCAUGUAUGCUAAGCGCGUCGCAGGCACCUACAGCGGAGGCAACAAGAGGAAGUUAUCCACAGCUAUAGCCCUCAUAGGAGACCCAGAACUUAUAUUCCUGGAUGAGCCUACUGCAGGGAUGGACCCCAAAGCUCGUCGCUUUCUCUGGAAUCGCAUCACCAGUAUCAUCAAGGAAGGCCGCUCAGUCAUACUCACUUCCCACAGUAUGGAGGAAUGCGAGGCCUUGUGUACCCGCGUCGCCAUCAUGGUUAACGGACGAUACAAGUGCAUCGGCAGCACACAACAUCUCAAAUCAAAGUUUGGUGACGGCUACACCAUAUCCAUCCGAGUGGGCGGGGAUCCGCCCAUCAUGGAACCCCUGAUGCUGUUUGUGGCCGAGACGUUCCCGUACACCAUACUCCGAGAACGCCACUUCAACAUGCUGGAGUACCAGAUGCCGUCCGCCAGCGCGUCCCUGGCCAAGCUCUUCGGUGCGUUUGAUGCCAACAAGCAGAGAUUCUGCAUCGAGGAUUACUCUGUCAGCCAGACAACAUUGGACCAGGUGUUCAUCAACUUUGCCAAGGAGCAGACAGCAGGAUUGGAUGACCAUGAGGAGCAGGCAGACGGCAUGGAGGUAACAGUCAUCAACAUGCCUGAUGGACCGCAAAUCGUCUCGCCAACUAUGGACACAAUGCAGUUUCUCCCCGAGAACAGCACCAUCGGCGGAUUCGCCUUCGCUGCUGCCAACAUCUACGCCGGUGUGAUUCACCACGAUGACAAACCGGGAAAGACCCCCGCGGCACCCAAGCCCCACUCACCCGCCGCCUACCCCGGAGGGGGGUUCCCUGAACUGUCUAGGCAGGACAGCCGAGGCUUCACCAACCCCAUGUACCAGGUCUCGCAGGAGGAGUUAGAGCAGUCGCAGAACGGCAACACCAGGAACUCCUCCACCCGUGGCAAAUCACGGAGGAGCCCCCCGGCAGAGGAGGAGAACAAGAGCGAUGAAGAGGUCUUAGACGAUUGCUUAGUGCCGAGAGGAACCCAGGUGGGACAAAUCAACGAUACCUUGAUGAAGAUGUCAAAUCUUGACCAGGUUCUCCAGGCUGAGACUGAGCCUGACAAGGAAGUCACUUUGUCUUCCUAUCUUCCAAUAUCAGAAGACACAGAGGAAACGCCCUUUUAAAGGGCUUCAGCCAUCAG